UACAUCUUGAUUGUCAAAAAAUGUGUUCCUGUUCGUGCACCACUGACAGACAUAUCAUCAAUGACACUGGUCUUGGUGAGCAAGAAUAUGAUGUGUACAUUUGCUACUAUGGCGAGAACAUUCGCACAUCAUUUGUGGAACCUGUCUAUCACCAACUGAGCAAACUUGGUGUGCAUGCUUUUUAUGACCUAGAGAGUGUGGCGUGGGGAGAAUCCAUUACUAACACUCUUCAGACUGCAUUGUUGAAAUGCAGGCGAGUUUUACUAGUUGUAUCAAAGUCUCUCAUUGAUGAGAGGAGAUGUCUGAUAGAAUGUAAGGCACUCUUACACAAUCAACGAGAAGGCACCACACAGCUCAUCUACCCCAUACUUGUCAACAUUGAUCGAGACACAUUUUGCAGUGCAUUUCCUCUUCUUGCUGAUGUGCAGCCACGCACUGCAAUGGGCACAGCGGAAAGCAUUAAUGAGCUUUGUUUUUAUCUCAAGGAAGUUUGCUCAAAACCACUGUACAUUGCGAAGAGAUCUAUGCCUCUAUCUAUUGCACCUGUUAAAGAAAAUGGUACCAUGGGUAAUGGUCGUAUUCCACAAUUUGAGAAACAGUAUAGUGUUGGAAAUCUUCGACAACUGGUACCACACUUUACAGGAAGAAACACUUUAGUCAACGAGGUUGUUGAUUACAUUGUUAGUAGUUUAGGAUGUACUAUUUGUGAACUGGGAGGGACACCAGGGGUUGGGAAGAGUAUGGUUGCUAUCGCAGUUGCAAGGGAGCUCCAAAGUCUUCAAUGGAGAAUUGUUUAUGCUGAUUUAAGGGAUGUGAAGUCCUCUGCCAUAGCUGCAGAGAAACUACUACAAGAAGGAUUAUUGGAUGAUAGAAAUGUUGGAAGUAAACUUUUGGGUCUAGCUAAUGCCUUGAAAAAGUUAGCAAAAAGGAGUCCUCUUCUGGUCGUUCUUGAUGGUUGUGAUGGUCUUCUGGAAAGUAACUGGUUACAGGCUCCAACGUCAUUAGUCCAUCAUCAUGCCAGCUCCCUGCACAAUCUCUUGGAUUCCAUGUCACAACAUAAUUGUGAUCUCAAAGCAUUGUUUACGUCCUCUCACCGAGUUGUGCCUUUUGAUAUUUCAUUUAAAUAUUUCCAGGUUCCUCCGCUCAGCAUCGACGAUGCGGCUGAAUAUCUUACCAAAUGCUGCAUUGAUGCGAAUGUGCAAGAAAAGUUGCUUCAAAAGUGGCUCAAGAAGUUGGCAGAACAGUGCGGUGGCUUUCCCAUUGCUCUCAACUUUGUUUCAAGCAUUAUUUGUACAAGAAAUCUCUCACCCAAAUCUGUGGUCAAUUUUCUGUCAACUGAAGGAGUUUAUAAACUGCGACAAGUGUCUAGUAGGUUGCCAUUUGAGCACUACAACUGUUUCUCUGCAGCUUUCUAUCAUCUUCAGUCAGACACACUGAGGAGCCAUUUAGCUUGUUUAACUGUCUUUGUGGGGUCAUUCAAUUGUGCUGCUGCUUCAGCUGUUCUACAAUUGAGUAGCAUUGUAGUCCAAAGAGAUGUGAUACAUCCUCUUGUAGAGAGAUGCCUGAUAGAAAAUAAUGGGAAUGGUGGUCAGUACUUCAUGCACUCUGUUGUUCGGGAAUAUAUCUACGAACUUGUUAGAGAACAACACCACAGCGAUAUUUCUGAAGCCAGUGCUUUGUUCACUAACUACUACAUAAAGAAAUUGAAGGAAGCAGUGGAGCUAUUUUGGAAAGAUCCGUCAACUGCGUUAGAGAUGCUUGACUCUGAGUGGCACAACUUUGAGGUUGCUAUCAGCUUCAAAGAUGGCUUCCACCCUAGCUGCAUUUCAGAUCAGUUGAUACCGAUUGUAGUAGAUGCUCUACCACUACUGGAGACCAGAUUGUCUGGCUCGAUGCUCCUGAACUUGUUGCAGUCAUAUAGCAACUUCGAUUGCUGUCAGACUGUGAGAGCACGACUGUUGCUAGAGACUGCCAAGAAGCUGAUUGAGCAAUCCAAUGUAGAUAGAGCGUUAUCUAUCAUAGCAGGCGUGAAGGAACUAUUGCCAUAUCACAAUAUUGAGGAAAAGGAGAUCUCUAUGCUUGUAGCAUGUUAUAAUGCAAUAAUGGGUGACGCUUUGCUUGCUCAGAACAAACCAGUUGAAGCGGUUUUCUUUUUAAGCAAGUCCUGGAAGCUUUAUGAAUCAAUCUGUUGCCAAGGCUACCAGGCUGUAGGAGUUCUAACAGUCUUAGGUCGAUCAUAUGCUGAUCUUGGUCACAUGGACAAAGCGAUGGAGUAUUACCGGAAGGCCACUCACAUGUGUUCACUGCAACUGGGAGGACAUGACAAAGAUGGGCUUUUGGGAGGCCUUCAACGUGGCAUUCAUCCCUACAAGGUGGUUAUAUUGAAGCAGAUGGGAGAAACAGAAAGCAGUAGAGGAAAUCAGCAAAUGGCACUUAAGUGUAUGGACAAAGCAAUUAAAAUACUAUCACAGUUGCGGGCAUGUGACUUGUUGUUGGCUCCCAUUUUGUAUGAGAAAGGGGUAACCCAAUUGCUCAACAACCAGUAUACUGAAGCAAUACAUACAAUAGAGACGUCAUUCGACCAAACAAAGCAACUGAACAGAUAUAGUAUGCUGCAUUUCUUCACUGCUUUCAUACUAGGGAAGUUGAAGUACAAUAUAGGAGAUUUUGAGUUAGCUAUCAAGUGUUUAGAUGAAGCUGUCAAGACUGCGGCUCACAAUGGAUACACUGGUGAUGCAUUUGUUGAGGCUUUGGCCUUUCUUGCUAUAAGUCAGAAACAAGUAGGAAAAGCCACACACAGCUCUAUAACAUAUGAUAAGUUUAGUGACGCAUUGCAGAAGUGUGGCUCUCAAUGCUGCAUGCAAAACCCUGCCAUAAAGGCUCUUGUCAACUCAUCACCACAAUUUGUGACAUCAGCAAACAGCUUAUCUGAUGAUUUUGAUCCACCUCGAGCAAUGUUUUGCUGCUGUCGAUACAGUGACUUUACCAGACACCAUCAUGUACCUCAAGCAGUCUUAAAUUCUCCACUUUGUCUGGCAGCAGGCAAACGUCGUUUUGGUCAUCAACUGCAUCGGUCGCCAUCUUUUCAUAUUGAUACUCCUGUUAACAAUGGAACGUGCACUCCUGAUAUCUCUGACUUGCUGCACAGGAGAAAUUCGGUGACCAAUGUUGGAAGAACACCCACAUCGGUUGAAGCAGUCUUUAGAUCAACAUUAUCAGUUGACGUUGAACCACCAAGAAGCAAGUUGAGUGGAAAACAGCUGACAAGAAAUUUUGCUGUCAAGUCAGACAAUGACGCAGCUGAGGGUUACUGUACAAAAGGUCCACCACCUCAUGUCCAGCGAUUCUUGUCAUGGACUUCACAAGGGUCAACUGUCAGUUAUGGCUCUGACUCUGAUGAUGGCAAUGAACAGCGUAUGUAUCGAACUGAUUCGCAAGAGUAUGACUUUGUACAUCAUAGUCCAAUACCCAAGCUGCGACAUAGUCACAGAAAAUUAUCUGCAGAAGGAAGACACCGACUGCUACAGAUGUCAAACUUCAGAGCAGCAAGUCACGAUGUAGAACCAACUGGCCAUUCAAUACCAGAAGAUGACACAAUAGAUGGCAAUGAAAGCACCAAAAAGCUGGUUUUUGUAGAAGACCAUUUCACAUAGGCAAACAGAUGACUGUAGUAUCAUUUUGUAACUCGCACAAACUAAACCGAUAGAACUUUAACUGAAUACUGUAAAUUUAAUAAAGGGCAUAUAUCAUUUGUUACUGA